UGCUAUUAUGGGCUUUAAUGAAAUAUUGACAAAAAAGCAAUAGUUGUGGGCCAAUAAAGUAAAGACUCCUGAGAAAUGAGAAUCAAUCUGACACGGAUUGGUUUAAAACAAUUUGGUUCAGUUGAUAAACCGAACUCACCGGUUAGGUGUUGAGGUUUAACCACUUCUCUCCUGAGAGAGAGAUAGCUCAAAGCUUUCACCAUGAGGAGAUCGAUCUCUUCCAAAGCCAAAUCCUUUCUCCAUCGAAACCUCCCGGAGAAAGCUAACCCACCGUCGUACGCCAUUUCCGAUUCACCACGACGAGCUCACACUAGCAGUAGCAACAACAACAACACAGAUUACAAAGAGACAUUACGAAGCAACAAGCUCCGCCACAUGAACCUAGACGACUCCCUCGAGCUCUUCUUCCACAUGAUCCAACGCCACCCCUUCCCUUCAAUCGCCGACUUCAGCAGGUUGCUAACCGCAAUCUCCAAGCUGAACAGCCACGACGUCGUGAUCCACCUCUGGGAACAGAUGGAGAUCCUCGGCGUCGCUCACAACCUCUACACCUGCAACAUUCUCGUAAAUUGUCUCUGCCGCUGCUCGGAACUCUCUCAAGCUUUAUCCUUUCUAGCGAAAAUGAUCAAGCUUGGGCACAGCCCGAGCGUCGUCACGUUCGGGUCGCUAAUCGGCGGGUUCUGCCGCGGCGGGAGGGUGAGCGAGGCGCUGCGUUUGUUUAAUCGGAUGGUGGAGAUUGGGGUCAGACCUAAUGUGGUUAUCUGCAACAUUGUGAUCGAUGGGCUUUGUAAGAGCCGCCACGUGGAUAAAGCUUUGGACUUUUUUAAUCAAAUGGAGGUUGUUAGACCUGAUGUGAUCACAUACAACUCUCUUAUCUCCGGACUUUGUAACGCAAGUAGAUGGGGUGAGGCUUUAAGGAUGGUGAGGUGUAUGAGUGAGAGUGGUCUUAGCCCUGACGUGUUUACUUUCAACGCGUUGAUUGACGCUUGUGUGAAAAGAGGGAGUCUCUCAGAGGCUGAGGAGCUUUACGAGGAGAUGGUUAGAAGGUCUCUGGAGCCUGAUGUUGUUACUUACAGUUUGCUUAUCGGUGGGCUUUGUAUGUGUAGUCGGUUAGAUGAAGCGGAGCGGAUGUUUGAGUAUAUGGUUAGCAGACGCUGCUUCCCUGAUGUGGUGACUUAUAGUAUUCUCAUUAACGGGUUUUGCAAGUCUAGGAAGGUUGAUUACGGGAUGAAACUCUUCUGCGAGAUGUCUCGGAGAGGAGUUGUUAGGAAUGUGGUGACUUAUACGAUUCUUAUCCAGGGGUAUUGUUUAGCUGGGAAGGUUAAUGUUGCAGAAGAGAUUUUUAAAAGGAUGGCUGGUUCUGGUGUGUCUCCUAAUAUUGUCACUUACAAUGUUUUGUUGCAUGGUUUGUGUGAUAAUGGGAAGGUGGAGAAAGCGUUGGUGAUGUUGGAGGAUAUGGAGAAGAGUGGGAUGGAGGGUGAUAUCGUUACGUAUAAUAUCAUUAUCCGUGGGAUGUGUAAAGCUGGUGAGGUGGCAGAUGCUUGGGGUUUGUAUUGUAGCCUUAGUCUCAAAGGGCUUGUGCCUGAUAUUUGGACAUACACUACGAUGAUGUUGGGGUUGUAUAAGAAAGGCUUACGGCGUGAGGCUGAUGCGUUGUUUAGGAAAAUGAAAGAAGAUGGGAUCUUACCAAAUGAAUGUUGUGUGUAGUGAAGCUUUAGUUUAGGACUAAGUGAAUCAUCUAACUCAGGGGAGCUAGGUUGGGUCAGGCUCCUUCGUCUGAGAUGCUUGCCCCUGGAAAGAUCACGCAGAUCUUUCGAAGCCGAGGUUGGGAUACUCUGAGAUGAGCUAACACAUGUUCAUAUUUAUUAGGAGACUACAGAAUCAAAGCUCACAUCAUAUCUGUAUCAUGUGUCUCUCUUAGAGGAUGUUUUCCAUUGGAAUGAGAAACUCAGGUCUCUCAAAACCACGUUGAGGUUUUAUGAGAAGAGCUGAACCUAUCGGACGGGGCCAUGUUAUCUAGUCGCUGACUGAACUCAGUUGAAAACUGUACAUUACAUUCUUUCUAAUACUGUACACCAAUCCAUGUUUUGAGUGUCUGUAUCAAUUUUUGGUAUGCAAAGUUCUUGUACCAUUUU